UCGUCUCAAAAAACAAAAACAAAAAACAAAACAACAACAACAACAAAAAAAGACUUCUAACCCUGAUCAAACCAGAUUAUUUUGAAUGAAACGUCUCUCUCUCUCUCUCUCUCUCUCUCUCUCUCUUCUAUGGGCAGUUCUGUGUGUAGAAAGAUCAGUCCCUGUGUGUAGUGAUUUAACCUGGUUUAUCUCUUCUUGGCUCAGAAUUUUUGAUAGGGCUUUCACCUAGGCCACAGAGAGAGAACCAAAGGGAAGACCCAAACAUUUGAAUGGCAUAACGAGUAAAUCACAUUUCUCUUUGUCUGUUUCCUUAUCAAUAAAUUGAAAAGUUUGCUCUAUGUGAUCUCUGGGGUACUGCUCAGCUCUUGACAUUCUGUGGUUCUGAGUACUGAAUUGAAAGCAGCUCUCCUCUUCCUGAAUUCUUCUUCCUUGGACCAAACCUCUGUCUUCAUUUCUCAUCUGUUUAUACCUCGCUGCCCUAUUUCUUUCUCCUGGGUGUCCUUUCUUCCUCAAUUUCCUCAAAUCCUUCUUGCUUCUUAGCUCCUUCAUAUCCUUUUUGUUUUCUAUGUUUCUGCAGAACCCCAGAUUACUCCCCAGGUCUCCAGUUCUCCAUCUUCAUGUCUGCCUAUUCCUUUCUGCAUCACUGGCUCCUAACUCAAGCAAUCUCCUUGGGUUCCUCUGAGGGGCCCCUGGGAUCCGCUAUCAUUGGUCCCUCUCACAGAAGCAUACCCUUCUCCAGAGCCAAAGGAUCAGAUAUUCAGUGGCUCAGGUAACAAACCUGCUGUCAGGUUACAGAUAUUGUUUGCUGAAAGACCACACUACAGUGUCAGUGGAGCCUCAAGCUGCCUGCAGUGCCCUGCCCUCACCUGGCUAUCCCACAGGUGAGAAUAACCAGGACUCACCACUUCCAGUACCAGUGUUCACCUGGAAACAUGGCUUUGAGCCUCUGGCCACUGCUGCUGCUGCUGUCCUGCGCAGUGACUCUGGCCCCUACUGGGCCUCAGUCCCUGGACCCUGGUCUCUCCUUCCUGAAGUCAUUGCUCUCCACUCUGGACCAGGCUCCCCAGGGCUCCCUGAGCCACUCACGGUUCUCUACAUUCCUGGCCAACAUUUCUUCUUCCUUUGAGCCUGGGAGAAUGGAGGAGGGACCAGUAGGAGAGCCCCCACCUCUCCAGCCCCCUGCUCUCCGGCUCCAUGAUUUUCUAGUGACGCUGAGAGGCAGCCCCGACUGGGAGCCAAUGCUAGGGCUGCUGGGGGAUGUGCUGGCACUGCUGGGACAGGAGCAGACUCCCCGAGAUUUCUUGGUGCACCAGGCAGGGGUGCUGGGUGGACUCAUGGAGGUGCUGCUGGGAGCCUUAGUUCCUGGGGGUCCCUCUACCCCAACUCGGCCCCCAUGCACCCGUGAUGGGCCCUCUGACUGUGUCCUCGCUGCUGACUGGUUGCCUUCUUUGCUGCUGUUGUUAGAGGGCACACGCUGGCAGGCUCUGGUGCAGGUGCAGCCCAGUGCAGACCCCACUAAUGCCACAGUCCUCGAUGGGAGGGAGCCAACUCCUCACUUUUUGCAGGGUCUGUUGGGUUUGCUAACCCCAACAGGGGAGCUAGGCUCCGAGGAGGCUCUUUGGGGUGGUCUGCUACGCACAGUGGGGGCCCCCCUCUAUGCUGCCUUUCAUGAGGGCCUGCUCCGUGUCACUCACUCCCUGCAGGAUGAGGUCUUUUCCAUUCUGGGGCAGCCAGAGCCUGAUUCCAAUGGGCAGUGCCAGGGAGGUAGCCUUCAACAGCUGCUCUUAUGGGGCAUUCGACACAACCUUUCCUGGGAUGUCCAGGCGCUGGGCUUUCUGUCUGGAUCACCACCCCCACCCCCCGCCCUCCUCCACUGCCUGAGCACGGGUGUGCCUCUGCCCAGAGCUUCUCAGCCCUCAGCCCACAUCAGCCCACGCCAACGGCGAGCCAUCACUGUGGAGGCCCUCUGUGAGAACCAAUCAGGCGCAGCACCACCCUACAGCAUUUCCAACUUCUCCAUUCACUUGCUGUGCCAGAACACCAAGCCUGCCACUCCACAGUCCCCUCCCAGCACCACUGCCAUCUGUCAGACAGCUGUGUGGUAUGCAGUCUCAUGGGCACCAGGUGCUCAAGGCUGGCUACAGGCCUGCCAUGACCAGUUUCCUGAUGAGUUUCUGGAUGCAGUCUGUAACAAUCUCUCCUUUUCAGCCCUGUCUGGCUCCAACCGCCGCCUGGUGAAACAGCUCUGUGCUGACCUGUUCCCACCCCCUACCAGCUGCCCUGAAGGCCUGCCCCCUGUUCCCCUCACCCCAGACAUCUUCUGGGGCUGCUUCUUGGAGAAUGAGACUCUGUGGGCUGAGCGGCUGUGUGGGGAGGCAAGUCUACAGGCUGUGCCUCCCAGCAACCAGGCUUGGGUCCAGCAUGUGUGCCAGGGCCCCACCCUAGAUGUCACUGCCUCCCCACCCUGCUACAUUGGACCCUGUGGGGAACGCUGCCCAGAUGGGGGCAGCUUCCUGGUGAUGGUCUGUGCCAAUGACACCAUGUAUGAGUCCCUGGUGCCCUUCUGGCCUUGGCUAGCAGGCCAAUGCAGGAUAAGCCGUGGGGGCAAUGACACGUGCUUCCUAGAAGGACUCCUGGGCCCCCUUCUGCCCUCUCUGCCACCACUGGGACCAUCCCCACUCUGUCUGGCCCCCGGGCCCUUCCUUCUUGGCCUGCUAUCCCAGUUGCCACGUUGUCAGUCCUCUGUGCCAGCCCUUGCUCACCCCACACGCCUACACUAUCUCCUGCGCCUGCUGACAUUCCUCUUGGGUCCAGGGGCUGGAGGGGCUGAGGCCCAGGGGAUGCUGGGUCGGGCCCUACUCCUCUCUAGUCUCCCGGACAACUGCUCCUUCUGGGAUGCCUUCCGCCCAGAGGGCCGGCGCAGUGUGCUACGAACGAUUGGGGAAUACCUGGAACAAGAGGAGGAGCAAGCAACGCCACCAGGCUUUGAACCCACUGUCAACCCCAGCUCUGGUAUAAGCAAGAUGGAGCUGCUGGCCUGCUUUAGUCCUGUGCUGUGGGAUCUGCUCCAGAGGGAAAAGAGUGUUUGGGCCCUGAAGAUUCUAGUGCAGGCGUACCUGCACAUGCCCCCAGAAAACCUCCAGCAGCUGGUGCUUUCAGCAGAGAGGGAGGCUGCACAGGGCUUCCUGACCCUCAUGUUGCAGGGGAAGCUGCAGGUAACACCAUCCGAGGAGCAGGCCCUGGGUCACCUGACAGCCCUGCUGCUCCAGCGGUACCCUCGCCUCACCUCCCAGCUCUUCAUUGACCUGUCACCACUCAUCCCUUUCUUGGCUGUCUCUGACCUGAUGCGCUUCCCACCAUCCCUGUUAGCCAAUGACAGUGUCCUGGCUGCCAUCCGGGAUUACAGCCCAGGAAUGAGGCCUGAUCAGAAGGAGGCUCUGGCAAAGCGACUGCUGGCCCCUGAACUAUUUGGGGAAGUACCUGCCUGGCCCCAGGAGCUGCUGUGGGCAGUGCUGCCCCUGCUCCCCCACCUCCCUCUGGAGAACUUUCUGCAGCUCAGCCCUCACCAGAUCCAGGCCCUGGAGGAUAGCUGGCCGGCAGCAGGUCUGGGGCCAGGGCAUGCCCGCCAUGUGCUGCGCAGCCUGGUAAACCAGAGUGUCCAGGAUGGCAAGGAGCAGGUACGCAGGCUUGGGUCCCUCGCCUGUUUCCUGAGCCCUGAGGAGCUGCAGAGCCUAGUACCCCUGAAUGAUCCGAUGGGGCCGGUAGAGCGGGGGCUGCUGGAAUGUGCAGCCAACGGGACCCUCAGCCCAGAAGGACGGGUGGCAUAUGAACUUCUAGGGGUGUUGCGCUCAUCUGGAGGAGCAGUCCUGAGCCCCCGGGAACUGCGGGUCUGGGCCCCUCUCUUCCCUCAGCUGGGCCUCCGCUUCCUGCAGGAGCUGUCAGAGCCCCAGCUUAGAGCCAUGCUUCCUGUCCUGCAGGGAACUAGUGUUACACCUGCUCAGGCUGCCCUGCUGCUUGGACGGCUCCUCCCCAGGCACGAUCUAUCCCUGGAGGAACUCUGCUCCUUGCACCUUCUGCUGCCAGGCCUCAGCCCCCAGACACUGCAGGCCAUUCCUAGGAGAGUCCUGGUUGGGGCCUGUUCCUGCCUGGCCCCAGAACUGUCACGCCUCUCAGCCUGCCAGACCGCAGCACUGCUGCAGACCUUUCGGGUGAAAGAUGGCGUUAAAAAUAUGGGUACAACAGGUGCCGGUCCAGCUGUGUGCAUCCCUGGUCAGCCUAUUUCCACCACCUGGCCAGAUUGCCUGCUUCCCCUGCUCCCAUUAAAGCUACUACAACUGGAUUCCUCAGCUCUUCUGGCAAACCGAAGACGCUACCGGGAGCUGCCCUGGUCUGAGCAGCAGGCACAGUUUCUCUGGAAGAAGAUGCAAGUACCCACCAACCUGACCCUUAGGAAUCUACAGGCUCUGGGCACCAUGGCAGGGGGCAUGUCCUGUGAGUUUCUGCAGCAGAUCAACUCAAUGGUAGACUUCCUUGAAGUGGUGCACAUGAUCUAUCAACUGCACACUAGAGUUCGAGGGAGCCUGAGGGCCUGUAUCUGGGCAGAGCUACAGCGGAGGGUGGCAAUGCCACAACCAGAAUGGACAACUCUAGGGCCAGAACUGAAUGGGCUGGAUAGCAAGCUACUCCUGGACUUACCAAUCCAGCUAAUGGACAGACUAUCCAAUGAAUCUAUUAUGUUGGUGGUGGAGCUGGUGCAGAGAGCUCCAGAGCAGCUGUUGGCACUGACCCCACUCCACCAGGCAGCCCUGGCAGAGAGGGCACUACAAAACCUGGCUCCAAAGGAGACUGCAGUCUCAGGGGAAGUGCUGGAGACCUUAGGCCCUUUGGUUGGAUUCCUGGGGAUAGAGAGCACACGACGGAUCCCCCUACAGAUCCUGCUGUCCCAUCUCAGUCAGCUGCAAGGCUACUGCCUAGGAGAGACAUUUGCCACAGAGCUGGGAUGGCUGCUAUUGCAGGAGCCUGUUCUUGGGAAACCAGAGUUAUGGAGCCAGGAUGAAGUAGAGCAAGCUGGACGCCUACUAUUCACUCUGUCAACUGAGGCAAUUUCCUUGAUCCCCAGGGAGGCCUUGGGUCCAGAGACCCUGGAGCGGCUUCUAGAAAAGCAGCAGAGCUGGGAGCAGAGCAGAUUUGGACAGCUGUGUAGGGGGCCACAGCUUGCUGCCAAGAAAGCAGCCCUGGUGGCAGGGGUGGUACGACCAGCUGCUGAGGAUCUUCCAGAACCUGUGCCAAAUUGUGCAGAUGUACGAGGGACAUUCCCAGCAGCCUGGUCUGCCACCCAGAUUGCAGAGAUGGAGCUCUCAGACUUUGAGGACUGCCUGACACAAUUUGCAGGAGACCCAGGACUUGGGCCUGAGGAACUACGGGCAGCCAUGGGCAAAGCAAAACAGUUGUGGGGUCCCCCCCGGGGAUUUCGUCCUGAGCAGAUCCUACAGCUGGGUCGGCUCUUAAUAGGUCUAGGAGAUCGGGAACUACAGGAGCUGAUUCUAGUGGACUGGGGAGUGCUGAGCACCCUGGGGCAGAUAGAUGGUUGGAGCUCCACCCAGCUCCGGGUUGUGGUCUCCAGUUUCCUACGGCAGAGUGGUCGGCAUGUGAGCCACCUGGAUUUCAUUCAUUUGACAGCACUGGGUUAUACGCUCUGUGGACUGCGGCCAGAGGAGCUACAGCACAUCAGCAGUUGGGAGUUUAGCCAAGCAGCUCUCUUCCUGGGCACGCUGCAUCUCCAGUGCUCUGAGGAACAACUGGAGGUUCUGGCUCACCUCCUUGUACUGCCUGGUGGCUUUGGCCCAAUCAGUAACUGGGGGCCUGAGAUCUUCACUGAAGUUGGCACAAUAGCAGCUGGGAUCCCAGACCUGGCUCUUUCAGCACUGCUGCGGGGACAGAUCCAGGGUCUUACUCCUCUUGCCAUUUCUGUCAUCCCUCCUCCUAAAUUUGCUGUGGUGUUUAGUCCCACCCAACUGUCCAGUCUCACCAGUGCUCAGGCUGUGGCUGUCACUCCUGAGCAAAUGGCCUUUCUGAGUCCUGAGCAGCGACGAGCAGUUGCAUGGGCCCAGCAUGAGGGGAAGGAGAGCCCAGAACAGCAAGGUCGAAGUACAGCCUGGGGCCUCUGGGACUGGUCACAACCUUCCUGGUCCCUGGUAUUGACAAUCAGCUUCCUUGGCCACCUGCUAUGAGCCUGUCUAUACAGUAGAAGGAGACUGUGGGGAGAGAAAUCUUAAGUCAUAAAGAAUAAAGUGCAAACAGAA